AUGUGUAGAGCUAAUUCCUACACAGCAGAAACUGUUCCGUGUCUAAAUACCAUAAAUAAUGAAGAUCAAUGUGUAAAUGGUCGAUUGAUGUGGACAUAUACAGAUGAUACACGUUAUUUACAGUCGAUAAAUGGUCAGGAUCUAUAUAAAGAAUAUCAUCGAGAAUGUAUUCAACGUGAAGUAUGCAGUGUGGAUAUACGAGGCUAUUUUUUUUCGAAACAACAAUGUGAGCGAGCAUGUAACGAAAGAAGAACAACAGCAAAGUGGUAUGAUAAAUAUGAUCCUGAUCAAAAGCCCUUAUUUUCAAAAUUAAUACGAUUACCAGAUGCUUACGCACCAAAAGAAACACCGGGUGUUUGUGAACGUAUACAAAAAAAUUUAGACUGUCGAAAGCCACUAUCUGGUCAAUCCGGUCAACUCUGCGUACCUAAUAAACAAUUAUGGUAUUAUCAUUUCGGAUAUGAUGAAUGUCUCAGUCAUUGGGUCGGAUCGAAGAUCUGGGCUGAUCAUAAAAGUUUAUGGGCAACCAGAGCAGCAUGUGCGGAUAGAUGUCGUCUCCAAAUAACAAGACAAUUAAACAAAAUGAUCAAUACUCAAAUAAAACAGAAACUUCUAAAUCAACAUGCUUUGCGGCCAUUAUUAUUAUAUCCAGCACUUCAUGCUACAAAAGUCUAUAUAAUGAAUAAAUAUGGUUUUCAACGAGAUCGUACUCAAACCGAAUUUGUUGAUAAUCCCAUGUACGAUUCUCAAAAGAAUGACAUAUCUAUUGGUGGAAUGAUAAACAAAAUGGAUUUGUUGUCUAAGCCAGGCGGUUACAGUGUUGGAGAUGAUGGACGAACAGUUUACAAUCGAAGACCUUUACAACCGAUCCUAAUACGUCGCACAUUGAAUAGUAACAGAGUACUGUGA